GUGUAACAUCAAGGAUGUUCAACAUCCACGGAACAUUUGAAUAACUAAUGUUAUUACGUAAGUUUUUCCGAUUUUAUCUGGAAGUACACUCUGUACUUGGCAUUCAAUAGUCUCAUUACACUUCCGAAAGGAAGAUGUGGCCUUUAAUAAUUUUUGUUUUACUCCUACUAGUGUUCAAAGAUGUUGUGGAGAAACCGGAGUCGUAUCCGCCAGGUCCACCUUUGAUGCCUUUUAUAGGCAAUUUGUUAUCACUUUGGCUAAGCUUGAAGAAACUUAAAUAUCAUCACAGUGUAUGGCAAGAUUGGGCCAAGAAAUACGGCAACAUACUUGGUCUUCGAUUUGGUUCUACUAACGUAGUUGUGGUUUCUGGUAAAGAUAUGAUCAGGGAAGUGUCUUCUAGGGAAGUGUUUGACGGUAGACCGAAUGGAUUUUUUUAUUUGCUUAGAUCUUUCAAUAAGAAACUUGGAUUAGUAUUUUCUGAUGGUGCAACAUGGACGAAGACGAGACGGAUGGUUUUGAAAAGCCUCAGAGUCUUCGGUUAUGGUUCGCGUUCUAUGGAGGCCAAUAUAAGCGAAGAAUGCAAUGCACUGAUUGACAUGCGAAUGGCUGAUGCUGGAGUACCGGUAGUGGUCAAUCACAUGUUCGACGUAUGCAUCGUCAAUAUACUGUGGAAGCUAGUUGCUGGCAAAAGGUAUGAUUUGGCAAACGAGCAAUUAAAAGUUUUGUGCGAUCUAAUCACAAGAUCCUUCAAAGUUGUUGAUAUGAGUGGAGGUAUAUUGAAUUUCUUGCCGUUCCUCAGGCAUGUUGUACCAAAUUUAAUUGGAUAUACCGAGCUAAGAGCCAUUCACGAUGCUCUGUAUGACUUCUUACGUACUACAGUAGAAGAACAUCAAAAGACGAUCGAUGCAAGGAAGCCAAGGGAUGUUAUAGACAUGUUUUUAAUUGAAAUGAAUUCGAAGAAGAGUGACUUUUCUACUGAAGAGCUACUAGUAAUAUGCCUCGACCUUCUUGAGGCUGGAGUAGAAACUGUCAGCAACACAGCCGUGUUUAUGCUCUUGCACGUCGUAAGAAAUCCAGAAGUUCAGAAGAAAUUGCAAUACGAAAUUGACGUUGAAGUUGGAUAUUCUCGACGCCCUACUCUGAGUGAUCGAUCUAAGAUGGUUUAUACAGAAGCGGUUCUGCUUGAGUCACUGCGCAUAUCGAGUGUAGCUGCUGUGGGAAUACCGCAUAUGGCAUUGGAAGAUGCAAAACUUGGCAAUUACACGAUACCUAAGGACACAUUUGUGUUACUGGCUAUCCACGAUCUCCACAACGGUGAACAUUGGAAGGAUGCUGCAUCGUUUCGUCCGGAGCGCUUCCUAACCAAAGAGGGCAACCUAAUACAAGACGAAUGGCUGAUGCCUUUUGGAAGCGGUAAAAGACGGUGUAUUGGCGAAGGAUUGGCCCGUUCAGAACUGUUCAUGUUUCUGACCAAUCUGUUGCAAAGUUUCAACCUUAAAGUGCCUGAAGAAGACCCUCUACCAAGCACAGAACCCAUCGAUGGAGUCACUCUCUCCGCUAAAGAAUUUAGAAUUGUAUUUGAACCUAGAAAUAUACGUCACAAAUCAACUUACUAGUAGUUGAUAAUAAUUUAUUUCUCAAUACCGAUAAGAAAAACAUAUUUAUUAAGGCGUGUACCUACGCAAUAGAGAUAUAGUUAGGUACUUAACUUUUAUGUUUGAUAUCUUAUAUUGUACCAACACGAUUAUAAUAAUAUACUUAUGUUUCGACGGGUAGGUAUAUAGGUACCUAUCAGUGGCGAAGAAUGGAAUUUUGUCGAAGGUAAGCCGGCGAAGGUAAAGAAAAGUAAAUUAACGCUUGAUACAAAUUCCGGUUUUUCAUACAUCCAUACAUAUUUAUUACAAUAAUGAAUGUAGUAUGUAUGGAUUUUUAAAAGGUAACCCGGCGGGAAUCGACCGGUAAGGACUCUUCACCGCUGGUACCUUUAAAGAAUGAUUGUUAAAAUAUAAAUUAUAUUAUUUUAAAUUUAAACUAUAUGAUUAUAUUGGGUGUGGGACUAUAUAAUAAACGAUUAAAAUACGUAUAGAGCGACAAUAGAUUUAAUUUAAUUUAGUCUUAUUAAAUUUAAUUUAGA